UGCGACAACGUUUGGGCCAUUACGGUGGCGCGCGAUGGCCUUCGUCUUCUUCCUCCCUCCUCCCUCGAUAUGAGCAGCCAUCCACCUGCAUCCAACUCGCACGCCGACCAAAGCAGCAGUCAAACGAAAAGGCUGACGAGCCCCCGCUCUUUCCUGACACAUGCCGCGCGCGUCCUCCCUCACCCUCCUGUUCCUGCUGCUCCUCAUUGCAAUCCCGCCCGCCACCUCGGCCACCCCGCCGGCGUCGAACACCACCGCCGCCGCCGUCCUCCUCUCCUUCCUCGCUGCCCUGCCGCCGGCCUCCCAGCGCCUCCUCCUCCCGUCAUGGAACACCAACAGCGGCGGCGCCAGCUCGGCCGCGGCCGGCCCGCAUUGCGCGUUCCGUGGCGUCACCUGCUCCGCGGCCGGCGCCGUGACCGCGCUCAACCUCACCGACGCCAGCCUCGCCGGGGACCUCGCGGCCUCGGCGCCGCUGCUCUGCGCGCUCCCGGAGCUCGCGGCGCUCGACCUGAGCCGGAACAACUUCACGGGCGCCGUACCCGCCGCGCUCGCCGCGUGCUCCGGCGUCGCCACGCUUCUCAUCCCCGGCAACGCGCUCUCUGGCGCCCUUCCGCCGGAGCUGCUCUCCUCGCGCCUGCUCCAGAAGGUGGACCUCAGCUCCAACGCGCUCGCCGGAGAGAUCCCGGCGCCCUCCGCCGGUGGCUCGUCGCCUCUGCAGUACCUCGACCUCAGCCACAACACCCUCUCCGGCGCCAUCCCUCCCGAGCUCACUGCGCUCCCGGAGCUCCACCACCUGGACCUGGGCUUGAACCACCUCUCCGGGCAAUUGCCAGAGUUCCCGGUACAUUGUGGGCUCCAGUAUCUCAGCGCCUACGGCAACCAGAUCGCCGGCGAGCUCCCCCGGAGCCUUGGCAACUGCGGCAACCUCACCGUCCUGUUUCUCUCCACCAACAAGAUUGGGGGAACGGUGCCAGAUAUCUUCGGCUCCCUACCGGGGCUGCUGAAGCUGUACCUUGCCGACAAUGCUUUCACCGGGGAGCUGCCGGCGAGCAUCGGCAAGCUUAUCAAAUUGGAGAAGCUGAUGGUGUCCACAAACGGGUUCACUGGGCCUGUCCCUGACUCCAUUGGGAAUUGUCAGUCACUAACAACAUUGUGGAUGCAUUCCAAUCAGUUCAACGGCUCGAUUCCGGCGCAGAUUGGCAAUCUCAGCAGGUUAGAAUGGUUCGCUCUCAAGGACAAUCUUAUCACAGGCACUAUUCCACCAGAACUAGGCAAGUGCCAGGAAUUGGCCCAGCUUGAGCUCCACAACAACAGCCUUUCCGGGGUCAUACCACCGGAGAUCGCCCAGCUAAGGAAGCUGAAACUGCUGUCCCUCUUCAAGAACAGGCUUCAGGGACCUGUCCCUGCAACAUUGUGGCGAAUGGGUGGCUUGGAAGAAUUGCAUCUCUACAACAAUAGCCUAAGUGGAGAGGUUCCUGCUGAGAUUACUCUUAUGAGUAGCCUAAGAAACCUCACCCUUGCAUAUAACAACUUCAGCGGUGAGCUCCCACAAGCCCUUGGCUUCAACACAACGCCAGGACUUCAGUCGCUUGAUUUCACCGGCAACCGCUUCGGUGGUACAAUUCCUCCUGGCCUCUGCACUGGAGGUCAGCUGAUGAUUCUGGAUCUUGGGCACAACCAAUUUACUGGGGGCAUUCCCAGUGACAUUUUGAAGUGCCAGUCUCUCUGGAGGGUCCGGCUGGGGGACAAUCUAUUCACUGGGAGCUUGCCUUCUGAUCUGGGGAUAAACACUGGGUGGUCUUUUGUGGAGUUGAAAGGCAAUCAGUUCGAGGGAAGGAUACCAAGUGUGUUUGGUUCAUGGCGCAACCUCACAGUACUUGAUUUAUCUGGCAACAAAUUCUCUGGUACAAUACCACGUGAGCUCGGUGUUCUAAGCAUUCUUGGGGUUCUGCGCUUGUCGUCAAACAGACUGACCGGAUCAAUACCACAAGAGUUGGGAAAUUGCAAGAGACUUUUCCAUUUGGAUCUCCAGAACAACUUUCUUAAUGGAAGUAUACCUGCAGAGAUCACAGCACUGGAUAGUCUGCAGCAUCUUUUACUUGGUGGAAACAAGCUCAGUGGAGGGAUUCCAGACACCUUUGCUGCAACUCAGGGCCUUCUUGAGUUGCAGCUUGGCAGCAAUUCUUUGGAAGGAGCUAUCCCUUGGAGCUUAGGCAAUCUUCAGUUCAUCUCCCAAAUAGUAAACAUCAGCAACAACAGAUUGAGCGGCCAAAUCCCAAGUAGCCUCAGCAACCUAAAGAUGCUGGAAAUGCUUGACUUGUCCAUGAAUUCUUUGUCUGGCCCAAUUCCAUCACAACUGAACAACAUGAUCUCUCUAACUUUUGUGAAUGUGUCGUUCAAUGAUCUCUCCGGUCAGCUCCCUUCUGGCUGGGUUAAGAUUGCUGAACGGUCACCAGAUGGCUUCUCGGGAAAUCCUCAUUUGUGCAUACAAUCUGAAAAUGCACCUUGCUCCAAGAAUUCUUCUGGGAGACAGAUAAGAAAGAACAUUCGAAUAAUUGUAGCAUUGCUAGUGUCAGCUCUCGCUGUCAUGGCUUCUGGGCUAUGUUUUAUUCACUACAUAGUGAAGAGGUCGCAGCGUCGAUUGGCAAACCGUGUCUCAGUGCGGGGCUUGGACACAACAGAGGAAUUACCAGAAGACUUGACCUAUGAUGACAUCCUCCGUGCCACUGAUAACUGGAGCGAGAAGUAUGUGAUCGGAAGGGGACGGCAUGGCACAGUGUAUCGGACAGAGUUUGCUCCUGGAAGGCUGUGCGCAGUCAAGACAGUUGAUCUUUCCCAGUUCAAGUUCCCAAUUGAGAUGAAGAUUCUUAACAUGGUAAAGCAUCGGAACAUCGUCAAGAUGGAGGGUUACUGCAUCCGUGGCAACUUUGGCAUAAUUCUUUCUGAGUACAUGCCUGAGGGGACACUCUAUGAGCUAUUGCAUCAAAGGAAACCUCAAGUGCCCCUUGAAUGGAAGGUCCGACAUCAGAUCGCCCUAGGUGUAGCACAGGGCUUGUCCUAUCUGCACCAUGACUGUGUGCCUAUGAUUGUUCAUAGGGAUGUCAAAUCAAGCAACAUACUGAUGGACACUGAUUUGGUGCCUAAGUUAGCAGACUUUGGCAUGGGGAAGAUUGUAGGUGAAGAUGAUGCAGAUGCGACAGUUUCUGUUGUUGUUGGCACCCUUGGCUACAUUGCUCCAGAGCAUGGAUACAACACAAGAUUGACUGGGAAGAGUGAUGUCUACAGUUAUGGUGUGGUGCUACUUGAACUCUUGUGCAGGAAGAUGUCUGUUGAUCCUGCAUUUGGAGAUGGUGUGGACAUUGUGGCAUGGAUAGCAUCAAACUUGGUGCACGAAGAUCACUGCAGCGUGAUGAACUGUCUGGAUGAGGAGAUCAUGUACUGGCCCGAAGAUGAGCAGGCAAAAGCAUUGGACUUGCUGGAGCUGGCAAUAUCCUGCACUCAAGUUGCAUUCCAAUCCAGGCCAUCCAUGAGGGAGGUGGUAGGCAGCUUGAUGAGUAUAGAAGAUCAGUAUAGCAAAUGAAGAGAAGUUGGCAAUUUAGUUAUAUAUAUGAGAUGUAAUGUCUUUGAAUAAUGAUGCAUACGAUUGAAACCACAAUUGUACAGUUUUUCUAAGGGUGCUGUGGUUAUUUCUCAAA